GGCGAGGACAAAGCAAGAUGGCGUCUGACGGUGAAGACGUUAUUGCAGUCGUCACAGUUCAAUGUUCUUAAUCUAUGCCUCCAUGUACACAUAUAUGUCCUUUAUUACACUCUAGUAAAUAGAGUAAACAUCGUUAAUAACUGUUUGCAUCCGGUUAUAUUAGUCUGAGCGCACUUUGAUGCUUCUCGAGCUAGCUUAGCCUGCUAGUUAGCUUAGCUUGUUAGCUGCUAACAAAGAGAGGCGGAAGUGAUCAAAACACAUCACUAAGUAGAGAUCAAGUGUGAGUGUAAAGUGUUGUGAUUGUGUGAAAAUGUGCCAAAGAACCACAGCAGAGUACGAGGAGGAACUUUGUCCAACAAAAGAGGAGAAGGAGCGACAACAUGAAAAACAUCAAGUUGUGUUACACAGAACAGACAUCCGUCAGCUGAUUGGACACCAAGAAGAAUGUCUCCCUCAUCUGCAGGGGGACAGUUUCACUUUAGAGUAUCCACAGCCCUCACAUUUUAAAGGGGACAAGGAGUAUCCACAGCCCCCCUAUUUUAAAGAGGAAGAGAGGGGAGAUUUUCCUGUAGGGCAGGAGGAGGCUGAUGUCAGCAAGUUUCCACUGACUGUUGUCUCUGUGAAGACUGAAGAGCAUGAAGACAAACCACCUGAGUCCUCACAGCUUCAUCACAGUCCAAACGUUGAAGAAGAACCUCUACCCCAUGAGCAGGAGAAGGAACCACAGUCCCCCAACAUACGCGAGAAAGAAGAGGUACCACAUUCCCAGCACAGCAAAGAGGGAGGAGAGGAGCCACAUCCCCCCCACAUUAAAGAGGAAGGCGAGACGCCACAGACCCAUAAUGUUAAACUGACCCUUCACAUUAAAGGGCAAGCGGAGGACCCACUGAUCUUACACAUCAAAAAUGAAGAGGUGGACCCACUGACCCCUCACUUUAAGGAGCAAGAGAACCUGCUGACCGCUCACAUUAAAAAGGAAGAGGAGGACCCACUGACCCCCUACUUUAAAGAGGAAGAGGAGGACCAAGAGGCGCCGCACAUUAAAGAGGAAGAGGAGGACCAAGAGGUGCCGCACAUUAAAGAGGAAGAGGAGGACCAAGAGCCGCCGCACAUUAAAGAGGAAGAGGAGGAAGAGGGCAUCAGUCAGCCUAAAUGGUUGGAGGAGUUCCCAGUGACUGGUGUCCCUGUGAAGAGUGAAGAUGAUGAGGUGAAAGGUGAAAGUGAGGAGAGGGGAGGGGGGGAGCCUCCAAGCAGCAGCUCAACACAACACAUGACAACAGAAGCUGAUGGAGACCACUGUGGAGGAUCACAAGCAGACAAGCUCUUAGCUCCACUAUCAGAUAGUGAGGACACAACGUCACACUCUCCUGACACUGAUGAUGAAGACUCUAAAGAUGAUAAGACAUGUCACACUGACAACACUCACUUCACAUGUUCUCACUGUCACAAAACCUUUAAAUACCAUAGUUCUCUGAAAUUACACAUAAGAUCACACACUGGAGAAAAACCUUUUUCUUGUUCACUCUGUAGUAAAGGUUUUACACAACGUCAGAAUUUGAAAGUACACAUGAGAACACACACUGGUGAAAAAACUUUUUCCUGUACAAUCUGUAGUGAAGGUUUUGUAGAAAGUCGCAAUUUGAAAAAACACAUGAGGACACACACUGGAGAAAGACCUUUUGUUUGUUCAACCUGUGGUAAAGGUUUGGCAGACAGUAACAAUUUGAAAAGACACAUGAGAACACACACUGGUGAAAAGCCUUUUUUCUGUUCAACCUGUGGUAAAGGUUUUGCACAAAGUCAGGAUGUGAAAAGACACAUGAGAACACACACUGGUGAAAAAGCUUUUUCCUGUUCGAUCUGUGGUAAAGGUUUUACAAGAAGUACAGAUGUGAAAAGACACAUGAAAACACACACUGGUAAAAAAUCACAUUCCUGUUCAAUCUGCAACAGAAUCUUUUGUCGACGACCAAACCUUGUAGCACACAUGAGAAAACACCCAGGAGAGAAAGUGUUGAGUUGCAGUGUGUGUGGUGAAAGAUUGUCUUCUAAGUACCAGUGUAAGAAACACAAGUGUGCUGGUGAGAACAGCAGCAGCAAAUGAAACUGCAGGAUUUGAAAUAAACUGUCCAGACUUUCAUUUUGACUUUCUAACAACAUCAGCACAUAUAACAUGUGUGACAUUGUUGUUUGUCUAACAAUCUGUUUAAUAUGAUCUUUACAUUUAUAGAUUACAUAGUUUGAAAUAUAAAAUUAUUACUUAUUUGUACUUGUAAUUGUUAAUAAUCCCAUAGAUUAUCACCUUUAUAUGAUAUACAUAUGUACUGGUUCACAUCUGAAACAUCUUCUGGACCACUUCAGGAAGCAUAUUAUUAUUUACUUUAUACAUCAUUUAAACAGUUGUCUUUUAUACAAUUUUAAAAUGUGUGAUUUUAUGAAUCAUUUGUUGGGAAUCUGUAAUCCAUUUUAUUAUUAUCUUUAUUACUCUCUUUUGUAUUAUGAUAAUUGUGUUGUGAUUAUUUUAAAUGUAUGUCCCCAGACCUUUAUGCAAUAAAAAGUGAGAGAAAAUGUCUGAA